UGGAGGCGCUGGCGGGUUUGCGCGCGAGUGUCGUUGAGGCGGAGAUAAACUCACACGAGCUGCAGUUGAUUUACGGAUUAAACGGAGAAACUCACUGACAGUCACUGGAAUAUCUGCGUUUCUGUCAUGCGGUAACACGAAGAAACGCGAAGCAGAUUCCACAGCCAGCGAGAGAGAGAGAGAGAGAGAGCGAGAAAGAGGGAGAGAGAGAGAAAUUCUGACAUGUGCGUCACAUUCAUACUGCUGCUGUAACAACAGCUGUGUGUACAUCUACACUCCAGACAUGAACGACGGCCCGUCACCGAUGAAUGGACACAGGUCAGUGUCACCACAUGUUCCUGUCAAGAGAACGAGUGCUAAAGCUUUGUAUGAGCAAAGGAAAAACUACACCAAAACCAGUAUAAACGGUCUGACGGAAACAUCUCGCUACCAUGUAGAGCAUCUCACCACGUUUGUGAUGGAUCGUAAAGAGGCCAUGUUGACCAUCGAGGACGGGAUCAGAAAACUGCGUUUGUUAGACGCUAAAGGGAAGGUGUGGACUCAAGACAUUAUCCUACAGGUGGAUGAGAAAUCUGUCAGUCUCAUCGAUUCAGACACCAAGAACGAGCUGGAGAACUUUCCUCUCAGUAUAGUUCAACACUGUCAGGCUGUCACAAACUCUUGUAACUAUGACUCCAUCCUGGCGCUGGUGUGUAAAGAAUCCGGUCAGGGCAAACCGGACCUGCACCUCUUCCAGUGUGAUGACAUCAAGGCCAAUUUAAUCCACGCAGACAUCGAGAGUGCUGUCACCGAUCACAAGGGCGGAAAAGUGAAGAAAAGACCCGAGGCUCUCAGAAUGAUCCUGAAGAGCGACGGCACCAUCCCUCCGCCCCCGGGAGGCCCCGCCCCAGAGCCUCCAGCGGCUGUCACUCAACCGGACAGCAAGAGUCGAGUGGCCAACUGGUCUGCAUGGACCAAUGAUCAGCAAACCUAUGAUAAACAGAAACUUUACACAGAGAUGGACGGACCUCCAGAGAUGAGCCCAGCGCGAAUCGACAGAGAUGUGCAAAUCCUCAAUCACAUUCUGGAUGACAUCGAACACUUUGUCAAUAAACUGCAGAAAGCUGCAGAGGCCUUUAAUGAACUCGGCAAACGCAAGAAAUCCAAGAAGAGUAAAAAGAAAACACCUGGAGAGGGAGUGUUGACUCUGAGAUCUAAACCUCCGUCUCAGGAUGAGUUUGUCGACUGUUUGCAGAAGUUCAAACACGCCUUUAACCUGCUGGGAAAGUUAAAGCAGCUCAUUCAGAAUCCCAGCGCUGUGGAUCUGCUUCACUUUCUCUUCAAUCCUCUCAGACUGGUGAUUCAGACGUCCGGAGGUGUUGAUCUGGCUAAAAGUGUGAUUGUCCCUCUGCUCACCAAAGAAGCCAUAGACUUUUUACACUCCUCAGGUUCAGAGGAUGAGAGACACCUGUGGGUCACGCUGGGAGACGGAUGGACCAAGUGCAGGUUAGAGUGGCCCAAGGAUUAUCCCUUCCCUCAUCACACGCUGCGUUUCAGAGACGGCUGGGAGCCGCCCGUGUUGGUGUCUCGUGAACAGGAAGUGGCUCAGCUGGCUGAGGCGUUGAUUCAGACGGAAGUUCAGAGACCAGCGGCCCUCACUCAGUCAGCGCUUCCGGAUUUCUCCAGCGCAGAUGGGUAUGACAUCAGAAACACUUCAUACAAGCGUUUGCAGCUGCUGGAGCCAGACAGAGCCGUGGAGGCUUUUAAGCAGGCGGUCAGCCGUCAAGUGGAUAGGAACUUCGAUGAUCAUGGCCGAAUGCAAACAAGAAACUUUGCCAAAUCCAAAUAUGACUUUGUGGCCAGAAACAGCACAGAACUGUCUGUGAUGAAAGAUGAAGUGCUGGAGGUGCUGGAUGACAGGAAGCAGUGGUGGAAGGUGAGGAACGGUGCGGGCGCUACAGGAUACGUGCCAAACAACAUUCUGGACAUGAGCAGAGCGGUGGAGACAACGGGCCGCGGGGAGCCCAUCUACAGUCACACCAUACAGAAACAGAGAUCAGACUAUGUGCCCAAACCAGCGGUCACACCCGUCCUCCCCACCCCGACACCACCCCCUCCUCCUGCCCUGGGAAAGAUCCCCACUCCCCCUCUGCCUCCCACAUCUGCCCCAGUGGCUUCUGAACGUCAGGACCCUUCACCUGCUGACAUCAUUGAUCAGAACAACAGCGGUGAGAGCGAAAGCGUCACCAUGAGAGACAGUCAGAGAGAGAGACCGCCACCUGCUAACCGCCGUAAGUCAAACAUGGAAGAGGUUCAGGACGAGCUGAUGCACAGACUGACGUUGGGUCGCAGCGCUCAGAAGAAGUUUCAGACUCCCGCUCGCUCCACCAGUGUUCUGUCUGUAAACAUCUCCUAUGACUCUACGCCUGAGGAGGUGACGGCCUGGCUUCAGCUCAAGGGCUUCAGUGCUGUGACCAUCAACAGUCUAGGUGUUCUGACCGGAGCUCAACUCUUCUCUCUGAAUAAAGACGAGCUGAAGACGGUGUGUCCUGAUGACGGCGCUCGAGUUUACAGUCAGAUCACCAUUCAGAAAGCUGCUCUUGAGAGGAGCUCGGGGUCGGAGCUGCAGGAGGUCAUGAGGCGACGUCAGGAGAAGCUGGCAGUGGGCACAGCAGCGAGUGAUUCUGGUGUGGAGUCCUUCGAUGAGGGCAGCAACCACUGACUCCGCCCCCCCACUCACAUCUGUCACCUUUGACCUUUUGCAGGACGCGGUGGAGCGCGCUCAGUUUGCGGCCAUAAUGCGGCGGCGUCAAGAACUCCUGGACCCGUCUGAUAACGGAACCGGCUCUGACGUGGAUGAACACGCUUGAUACAGGAGAAGAAUGUUGUGCAGAUGACACGCAGCAGUAGUUUAGUGCCAUGAUGUUCUGCUCUCUGUACUGAAUGUCCACAGACUCGUCAUCUUCAGACAUAUCUCUGUUCACACGUGUGCUGGUUUAGAAAGAAAAACAUCCAGUGGAGAAGAACAUAACACACCAGUAGUCAUCAGAAACCGACAAACAUUGUGAAUAUCACAACAACACAAACUGGUAAAUAUUGACUGUUUGAUCACAUUACACAUGCACGUGAUUGGCUGGAUUUUGGACCAAUAGAUUAUUGCUGGUUUAUAUUGAUAGACAGUAACUUUGGCCAGAAUAUUUAUCAACUGCUUGAUAUGUACAUCGAGAUUUAUGGGUAAGAACGUUUAUCAAACUGUAGAUUUUUUAUUUACUAGCAAAAAAUCUUAUUUAUGUACAUGAUUUUGUACUUGAUUGUUAUGCCAAAUGACAAGCUUUAUACAUUUCACUAUUGAAAAGAAAAGCAGAAAGGCAGCCGGUCAGUUUGAGUAGAUUGUGAUUCUGUAAAUCUUCUCAUCUGUUUGUGUCGUAAGGCUUCACUUCCAAAUGAAACGUUAAAGAAGUCUUUAAUUUGAGGUUUGACAGAUUUUGGGCCAAUAUCACAGCAGUUUUUGUCUUCCUGUAUCUGCCGAGCUUUUCUCUUUAACCUGUUAAAGUGAUGUGAUGUCAUGUUCCUGUUGGUCAUGUGAUUAUGGGCGUCUCUCACUGACCAAACCUUCAUAAACAUUAACAACUGACUUCAUUUAUUUGUCAGGAGCAGGACUGAAGUUUGGCCAAAUAUUUCUCUGAGCUCACUGUUUGAGAACAAACUGUAAAUAUGAAGUGUGUAUGCAGAAUAAAUGGAUGCACCUGA